CAGGUGAUUUGUUUCCUUGUACGAUACGAGUGGAGUAUUGUACUUCAUUAGGUACUCGACCAUGAUGUAAGUUCUGAGGCCCUUCAAGUACGGGCUUCGUUGACAAUCCCAAAACCUGGUUAGUCCAACUGAAGAUUGACCGGGGAAUUCGGAUCCGGUCCAUGUGACUCCGACUUCGGCAGCCCGACCGGCGUCAUAUCACCGAGCCUCGGUUCGAUAAGUCUUAAUUUACUCCACCAUUUCGUAACCCAAGUUCUUGUCCCUGAACAAAAAGGGGAACCAGUCUUGUUCUUCUUGAGUUUACCGAUACAAAAAUACCUCUUCUUCUAGACGAUUUGUUCUCCUCUUUGCAGAAUCAGAUCAUCUCAAAUCUCGUUAUCAGCACAAACGCUUCGUCCAAGAACAUUCCUCUUACCCCCCUUCUGAGACAAUGGCGGAUCGAAGAACCCUCGUUAGACCACCUCCUCUAGAUCCAUCCAAAUCAGCAAUUGAAAAUGUCUUGGAACUCACGGAACUCAAGCAAAUUGGACCUGUAAGUUUCUCUGCCUUUAGUCUAGGCGAAACUACUCGAAGGUGUCAGCCCCCAUUCCCCGACAUGUGCUGACUUCUUCUCAUAGGAUAUGUUCACCAAUACCCGCCCUCUAUGGCACCCACCCGGAGCUCGUGGAAUAUAUGGAGGAGCAGUAAUAGCGCAAUGUCUAGCAGCAGGCCAACGAACCGUCCCAGAGAAUUUCACAGUUCACAGCAUGCACUGCUAUUUCGUCCUAGCCGGAGACGCAACGAUACCAGUCAUGUACUACGUUGAGCACGUUCGCGAAGGCCGAUCCUUUGCUACACGUACGGUUCAGGCUCGACAGCGGGGGAUGGCCAUAUUUACAACUACAAUGUCAUUUACGAGGGAGGAUAGCGGAGGACAUAAGACGGUGGAGCAUGCCGUGCCUCUGCCCGGAAAGCAUCUCCCUCCCCCAGACGUCGAGGAUGAAGAUUUGGAUGGAAAUUCGCCUUUCAUGUGUCGUCGGAUUGAUAUGUUGAAUAAGGAUAGCAAGGAUGUCUAUACGAAGCGACCGAGACAGUGGAUCAAAGCCCGAGGUAGGAUUAGUGAGGCUGGAGGUCACCAAGCGCAUCUGAGCGCUCUAGCAUACAUGUCAGAUUCCUACUUUAUCGGGACCGUCUCGCGGAUUAAUAACCUGUGGCGAUUUGGAGAGUCUCCCGAAGGUACAGAUCUAACCCCUGCAAUGGAACAGAGAAAGAGGUAUCUGCAGAAAUGGAAGGUAUCCGAGGGACUGCACCCAGACGCUCAGAAAGCGGAUGGUCAGCCUGAGGUGGGAAUGAUGGUUUCCUUGGAUCACAGUAUCUAUUUCCAUGAGCCACGAAACUUUAGGGCGGAUGAGUGGAUGUACUCUGAGAUGACGAGUCCGUGGAGUGGAAAGGGAAGAGGGGUUGUGCAGCAGCAUAUGUUUUCUGCUGAUGGGACUUUGAUUGCGACUUGUUUCCAAGAGGUAUGUUUUUAUUUGUCUUAUUUGCGCUUGUGACUUUGACUAUGAACAAACGAUGCUAACUGUUUGCAGGGCGUAGUGAGAUUAAAAGAAGAUAAGAAGGCGACACCACCCGCUUCCAAGUUAUGAUCUGAGAAGGGGAACAAAGUGUAUCUGGCUAGAAAUUUAUAUGGGAUUUUUGGUUUUCUUAUUUCCUCCCUUUCUAUACCUUGCGAAAUUGGACUCAAGUAAUUACAAUACAAGUUUUUAAUCAGUG